AUGCAGAGCCAUACGACGUCCAUCUCGUCCGUGGACGAGGAGGUCCCACGGUUCGCAAACAUAGACCCCAGCGCGUCCCUCGCGCCCCAGGCGGUCGUCGAACCCCAAGACACGAGGACGGCGGGCCGAAAGCCGUCGGUGUCGUCGCUUAACCCGUCGACGAGCCGGUUUACGCUUCGCCUGCCGCUGCUGGGCCGCCCGAAGAUGCCCCUUGAACAGGUCGUCGCGGCGCAGGCGACGGAUGGUAGAGACGCGCCUACGUCUCCCAAGAUCUCUGCUGUCGAUAGCAGGGAGUCUGCCUCCGAGAGCGCCAUCGAGCCCCCAAAGGUUCCGGAACUCAACCUCGUGCCGCCCACCCCAGACCCCAACGAACACAUUCCAUCACAGUCAGCCAACGCUCGUGGGGGUGCAGGAGACGCGUCCGACUUCAGACCCGCCUCGUGGUGGGACUACGUAGGUUGGAGCACCACCGACCCGGAGGGACAACUCAAGCCGACCGAGGCACAGGCCAUUCCCUCCCCAACAAACCCGGAGGACGAGCAGCCGCAGACCUCGAAGACCGACGACCUGAUGACCAUUGACGCUGCGCCCGAACCUCCCAUCUCUCCGCCCGCAUCUCCGCCCGCAUCUCCGCCAGCUACGUCGAACUCCACGGCUACUCCCAACGCUCCCGAGAAGGCUGCAUCAGUGUUCUCCGCAGAGACAGUACGAAGUCAGGGCUCCGCCUGGUACUCUCCUUGGGCUUGGUACGGUGCAGGUGGGGCAAACGCUUCCGCUCCAGGGAACCUAGAAUCUACUGAACCCCCGAAGACGGAGUCAGAACUGGUGAAGGAGGAGGCUCUCGCCCGAGACCAGGACUCCACCCCACCAGCGGCGGAGCCUCAGCCCGCACCAGAACCCGUUACAACGCCGUCAUACGAGCCGUCGAACCCGAUCCAAACGUCCAUCGCAGAUAAUAGGUCGAGCUGGCUCUCUCUCUUCGCCUCUUCCCGGGCUCUGACAACGAAGACCAUCACGAAUGAGGCCAGCGACAAGCCAGAGGACUUGAUGGAGGUCAUGGACGUCCCCGACGACCCCACUCCCUCCGCCGCGAUCGAGGUUCCCAUCCCGGCCGGCCGCAAACCUCCUCCCAAGGCUCUGUCGCUCCUCUCCGCCUCUCCAACUCCCUCCGGCGCCUCUACGCCACGGUCACCGACCAAGUCCUCUCCUAAUGCACCUCCAACGGAGCGCGAGCCGAAGAAGCAAGAACCUCCCGCGCCUCCACUCACCGACUCGGAGUCCAUCAAGCGCGACACCGCCCGCGGAGCGCGCACGCCAUCGCCCACUCCAUCGGCCAAGACGACCGGGUCGCCCCCCGGGUCCGCGAAGCCCGCCGCGCCGAACCUCGUCCUCCCGACGUGGGCGGACACCUUCCACACCCGCCCCCGAUCGCACGUCCCGCCGCGCCCGCGCCAGCCGACCACGCGCUCGAAGAUCACCGGCGCGCUCUCGUUCGUCGCCGGGGCGCUCUUUUCUGGAGAGCCCGCAGCGGGACCUUCGGGAAGAACGGGCUCGUCGAGCAAGGCGCGAGGGGGCAAAGCUCGGGCGAAGGGCAAGGAGCGGGAGGCGACGUGGAGCGGGCCUGCCCAACCGGUGGGCGACUUCGUCACGUUCGGGCAGGAGCUGCCAAAGGCGCUGGACGUCCUCGGCGAGCCGCUCAACCCGUACAUCCUCAACGGGGGGUGCAGGGUGGUCGUGAUUGGUGUCGCGGGGUGGAUGCCUGGUACCAUCACCCGGACGCUCGCGGGCGGGUUGCCGUCUUCGAGCAAGAAGUUCGUCGACAUGACGAUGCAGGCGCUCGAGCAGUUCGCGGAGGAGAAUGGGUUCAAGUUCAAGAAGAUCACUGGGAUGCCGCUCGAAGGCGAUGGCACCAUACGCAAGAAGGUCUCGAGGGUACACACGCACUUGACUGAGAACGAGGAGUGGAUGGAAGACCUGCACGCGGCGGACGUCAUCUUCGUCGCGAGCCACUCCCAGGGCGCGGUGGUCGCCACACAUCUCAUCGACCGGCUCAUCGAAGACGGCUCGAUCCUGACGUCGCGCAGCGUGGACGCCCUCGCGCGGACGGCGGCGGCGGACGCUUCUGGCGGCGGCCUUCCCUCGAUGCCGACUGCACAAGCGCAGAGGGUCUGCCUUCUGGCGCUCUGCGGCAUCCAUCUCGGUCCGUUGCGGUAUCUCAAGACAAGUUCCUUCUUGCAGGCAUAUACACAGUACCUCGAGAACCCAGCGGCUCGCGAACUGUUCGAGUUCCAGGACACAGAGUCGAAGGUGUCGAAGAACUAUGUGGGAGCGCUGCGGAAUGUCAUGCAUCACGGAGCGAAGGUCGUCUACGUCGCUUCCUUAAACGACCAGGUUGUUCCAAUCUACUCGGGCGUGUUCACGUCCGCGUCGCAUCCCAGGAUCUUGCGCGCCUUGUAUAUUGACAGUGAUGCCUAUCACUCAUCUGAUUUCCUCUCCAACCUCCUAAUCCUACUCAUUCGUAUCAUGAACGCGGGCCUAUCCGACCGCGGUCUGCUGGCUCACCUGUCAGAAGCGACCGCGGGGACGCUCAGCGGAGUUGGGCAUUCAACCGCCUACGAAGAACUCGCGACGUAUUCCCUCGCCGUCAAGUACUUCUUCCACACUAAUGACGGUUCCGACGCCGACGCCGAUUUGGCCAUCAGCCCUUUCAAUGCGGUCGAAGAGCAGAACGACUACGAGAUCCCGUGGCUUCUGCGUGAUAUGAUCGCAGACGACAAGGUGGCGCACUUCUUCGCACGCGAAUUCGCGCAGCUCCGGGAUGCCUUCGACGACUGGCAGCCCAAGACGACCAUCCUCCGCGACGUGAAGAAGAAGCUGCAGCCCAUCACGCGGCUCUCAACGGCCGCCGCGUCUUCUGGUUCAAUUAGCAAGCUUUAA